GCUGGACGCCCCUUUUCCACGCCUGCUCUCAAGGCUCCGUCGACCUGGUGCGUUGGCUGCUUAAGCAUCAGUGCGAUGCGCAGGAUACAGCCAACGGGAACAUGUCUGCUCUGAUGACGAUCAUCGGCGCCAAAAACCACACGAAGAUAGCCUCGCAGCUCGUUCGGCGCAGCUGCAGCGUAAAUGCGCAGAACGAUUCCGGAGACACUGCAAUGAUGCUUGCUCUCCGAGACGACCAGCUGGAAUUCGCGCAAUGGAUCCUCGAUGAUCCACACACGGACGUGCUUCUGCGCAACCUGGCGGGAGAGGACGCCAUCGACAUUUGCGAGAGCCUCGGCCUGCAGGGAAUGAGGAUGAAGCUGGAGUCGAAAGCGCGACACCAAGCCGAACUUCAAGCGGAGAAGGAGAAGAGCGCGGCGAAGAUGAGGGAUGAAGUGAUGGGCAAGUAA